AUGAAUGGCGUAGAUGGAAAACAGCUGAGAUUGACAUUGACAUCUGCUGUAUUUAUUUUUGAGUGGCUCAGAUAUCUAGAUAAAGUUCUUGGUGCUGCUCAGAAGAAUGACAUCAAGGGUUGUCAAAAACAACUAGUGCAACAAUUAAUGAAUCAUAUUCAUGAGUCCCCAGGGCCCCCAACUCGACAACUAAUUGCUAGAUGCCUUGCUACGUUGUUCUCCGUUGGAGAUGCCUUCUUACUUUUUGACACUGUGAAUCAAUGUAAUGACAUUCUUAAAAACAAGGACGAUAGUCCUAGCUUCUUACCAACAAGAUUGGCAGCAAUUUGCUGUGUAGGAACAAUGUAUGAAAAAUUAGGGAGAAUGAUGGGUAGAUCUUAUGAAGAGACAGUCCAAAUUUUAGUAAAAUCAUUGCGAAAUGCUGAGUCACAAACAAGAAUUGAAAUAAUGCUUACACUUGAAAAAGUUUGUGCUGGUAUGGGCAGUGCAGCUUGUAAUAUACAUAAGGAUGUUUACAAAGCUGCUAGGCCAUGUUUGAUUGAUCGUAAUAUGGCAGUGAGAUGCGCCGCCUCAAAAUGUCUUUUGGAGUUGUUAAAACACGCGCCAUUUUUACACGGACCCGAAUUAGAAAGCUUAGCGACCUUGUGUUUUAGAGCAUUUGAUGGCUCUAAUUAUGAAGUUAGAUGCUCUGUAGCUAGGCUACUUGGUCACUUAAUAGCAACAACACAACUAGGACAAAAAGAAUCGACCGCAAAAAAUGCGAUACCAGCAAACAAAAAUUUAAAAGUAUAUUCUCUGGAUGAAGCCAUGGGAAUUUUAAUGUCUGGAUUUCUUAGAGGAGGAGUGGGUUUUUUAAAAGGCACUGGAGAAAUUAUUAAGGGCAGUUCGGGUGUUAAUAGAGAAGUCAGAGUUGGUGUCACACAUGCCUAUGUAAAUUUUGUUCAAAUAUUAGGCAGUUCAUGGUUAGAAAAAAAUAUGAAACUGUUUCUUUGCCAUGUAUUGUAUCUAGUUGCUAAUCCUAAAGCUGCUUCUUCUCAUGUUGAUGCGGUUUAUUCCCGGAAAUGUAUUAAUUUUAUAUUGAGAAGCGUUUUUGGUAAAAUGUUUGGAGAAAAGGCACAAAUAACUGCUUGCAAACAGAUUGCUCAAAUUAUAGUAAAAGAAAUGAAUAGCAUAGAUUUUAACCCAGAAAAUGCGAAGGAAUUUAAUCAGGAGACUCUGUUUAGCCAGCAUCUGUUGGUAUGUUCUCUACAAGAGAUUGGAAGUCUUAUCCUCAGUUUGGGAACUACAGCUCAUGACCUGAUCACUGAUCAAUCCCUAAAUGUUAUUGAUGUAACUAUGAGUGUUCUUAUACAUCCAUGUCAAGCUGCCCGACUUGCAGCUGCAUGGUGUCUUAGAUGCAUAUGCGUCGCUGUGCCGAGUCAGAUUUCUCCUUUAAUUGAUCGGUGUGUGACAGGUAUAGAACAAUACAGAAGUUCACCAGAAGCUAUUUCUGGUUAUAGUGCUGCUUUAGCUGCUGUGCUAGGAGGAGUCAAGUUGUCACCUUUGGGUGUUCCCCAUACCAAAGGAAAAGUAAUAUUUAACACAGCAGAAGAAUUACUGCGAAGCGCAAGUCAAAACAGUCGCUUGUCUUUAGCACGAACUAGCGCAGGUUGGCUAUUAGUAGGAGCUGUUGCAGCUCUAGGUCCUGCAGCGGCCCGUCCACUCUUGCCCAGAAUGCUUCUGUUAUGGCGGAACGCCUUCCCUCGUUCCGCCAAAGAGCUAGAAUCAGAAAAGGCUCGUGGGGAUGUUUUUACCUGGCAGGUUGCCUUGGAAGGUAGGGCAGGCGCCUUAGCUGCAAUGCAUAGUCUCUUACUACAUUGCCCCAGUUUAGCGAGUGGUGAGGAUUCUGGAAGACGCCUUUUACAACCAGUAGAAGCAGCCUUAGCCAUGCUUACAAGUAUAUCGAGCGUUCUAAAAACAUACGGACAACAGCUUAAAGCACCCGCUGCUAUGGUGAGACUACGCCUAUGCGAGACGUUGUUGCUCUUAUCGCCACAUUCAUACGAAAGUUCCUAUACUCAUCUAUUACGAAUGUUGGUUGCCGAAUUUACAUUAACGGAAAACCCUGCUAAUACCACAACAUCUCAGUUAAAAUCGGUGUGUCACGCAGACGAUGCUAUACUUUUAGCAACUUGGUUACAAGAAACUGAUCAUGGCACUAUUGAAGAUCAGAUGGAACCUAGUCGGAAAGGUGAAGGUGAUCAUCUUCAGACACACAGUGCGGCGGGUUCUGGGGCCUUGGAACACGAUCCUUGUUGCCUGUUCAGAUCAGGGAAUGGAGAGGCUCCGCCUGGACCUUUACCUUUAGGCGUUGCCGUCAUUGAUGCUGCCGUCUUACUGUUUGGCCAACUCUUCGCUCGUGUUACUCCACGUCAUCGAACUCAAACCCUAGAUCAUUUCUCGGAAUGUGUUCGAGCAGCUCGUAGUUCCCGUCAGGAGGCUGUUCAGUUGAAUGUCUUUGCUGCUCUUUUAAGCGGUCUUAGAGGACUUGCAGCUGCCAAAGCAUCUCUGAGUAAUGAUGAGGCGAAACGUGCCGCCGCUUUAUCGUCCGGUGCGUUAGCCGCUACAGGAGCACCGGCUGUCUUAAAAGCGGCCGCAGCGGAGACUUUGGGACGUCUAGCGCGUGCUUUGGCGGAUCCUCGCUUUACAGCUGAACUAAUCCAAGCUAGUAUCGAGCGUCUAAGGACAGCUCGAGAUGCCGCCUCAAGAACAGGUCAUUCUUUAGCUUUAGGAGCGUUGCAUCGUCAUGUAGGGGGUUUGGGAGCGGCUAGACUGAUGCAAACAAGCGUCUCUAUUUUACUGGCUCUAGGACAGGACCGUGCUUCGGCAGCGGUACAGGCUUGGGCUUUGCACGCUCUACGGCUUUGUGCGGACGCUGGAGGACCCAUGUUCCGUGGAUUUGUCGAACAAUCUUUAGCUGCAGCUCUGCGCUUACUUCUAGAGACACCACCAGCUUCUGUUGACGUUCACCGGUGCGUAGGCAAACUUCUUUCAUCUCUCAUUACCACAAUAGGACCCGAAUUGCAAGGCAAUACAUCAACCAUAUGCAUGGCCCGUUCCUCGUUCCUCUGCGCCUGUGCCGCUUUACAAGGUCAUCCCGAGCCGGUAGUUCAAGCUGAAGCUACUGCUUGUCUUCAGCAGCUCCAUUUGUUUGCUCCGAAACACGUCAAUUUGUCUUCGCUAGUUCCUACACUUUGUAGGGCACUUUCAAGCGAUCAUCUACUCUUAAGAAAAGCCGCGAUAUCAUGUUUGAGGCAAUUGGCGCAGCGGGAAGCCAAAGAAGUAUGCGAUCUCGCUUUAACUCUAGCUAGUGAAGGGCCAACUGUGGAAGGCUUGAUCAUUACCGAAACUGGUUUACCUGGAGUGUUCUUCGGAUUAUUAGAUACCGAAACUGAUGCAGGUUUAAUUAAAGAUAUACACGAUACCAUCAUAAGUAUGUUGCACGUACUGGCAACGGAACAUCUGCCUCAAUGGUUAGGGCUGUGCAAAGAUGUUUUAACUGUAGCUUCUGAACCUGGAGAGGGGGAUCAACGAUCAGGAUUAGAUGCCGUUCCUGAAGAUGAUGACCAAGAACAAUUUCACGCUGAAGAAGACAAUCAACAACGCGCUGUGCAACCACGUUGGCCCACGAGAGUUUUCGCCGCGGAAUGUGCACGGAGAGUUCUUUCCGGAUGCACGGCAAAACGGCUAGCCCCUCAGUUACCCGACCUUAUUCGAAUGGCAUUUAUAGCAGCAACCAGUGAUUCCGAUCCCCUAAGACUAGAAGGCUUAAAAAUGUUAAGAGAACUAAUCGAUAAGUUUGCUAUGGAACCUGAACCCGAAUUUCCAGGGCAUCUGUUAUUAGAACAGUUCCAAGCACAAGUAAGCGCCGCCCUGAGACCUGCCUUUACCGGCGAUACUGCUCCCCACGUUACUGCUGCCGCAUGUGAAGCCUGUUCUGCUUGGAUUGGGGCUAAAGUAGCUAGAGAUGCAGCAGAUUUGAGACGAGUUCAUCAGCUGAUGGUGUCGUCGCUUACAAAGCUUGGAAAACCGUCUGCGGCAGGAACCUUACUGUAUAACGAAGCGAUGAUAACAUUAGAACGAUUGGCCAUAUUGAAAGCUUGGGCAGAAGUAUACAUCGUAGCGGCUGGAGCUAGAGGUCCUCCAGACGCUGGAUUACUCGACUUAGUAAAACCUCAGCUGUCAACAUUAGCUAAUCACUGGUUAAAUGCGUUAAGAGAUAGAGCAUUAUUAGCUUUACCUCCAGAGUUCUCUGGACAAUUGCCUCACGACGGCGGGGCAUUUUAUACCGCUGAAACAGCAGAAGCCGCAAGGUCUCACUAUGUCGCUGCUUGGCCUCCCCUUCUACUAGCAGCUGCUCUUUUGCUAUCUGCUCCAGCGAGCACAACACCCCUUGAAGAUGAAUCGAAUAACAAUCCACAAUCUGACUACUUUAGACUUCUUUUUGGCACGUGUAUAGAAGCCCUUUGCGGACCCCGAGGUACCGAAUCUCCGUAUAUAGUCGAUACAUGCCUCAGGGCAUUAAAAGCCAUACUAGAAGUUAACAGAACUAGAGAAUUGCUACUUGCAGAUUCCUCGUUAGUUGUAGAAUUGUGUAAUGUUCUGCACCGAUUAGUUCUUACCCAGGAUUCUGUUGAUUGUCAGUUUUUGUGCAUGGGAGUCUUGCAACAAGUUCUCAAAGCCGCUACAGACCGAUUGAAUGACGAAAGAAAUCGACAAAUAGAUGGAAACGAAACAAGAACUGUUGAAGAACGCGAUAAGCUUGGAGAAGGAGGCAGCAACGGAGAGUUGGAUCCGCAUAACUCUCUGGUUUUUGCCGCUCUUGAAAUAUGUCUGUGUCUCAUAGUACGGCAAAUUCCAGCCCUUAGUCCCACUCCGCACCCAGCAAUGACUGGAGCGUCAAGGUGUAGCGAUUCUCACCUUUUAACUGCCGCAUUUACCGCCUUGGGGGCCUUGCCGGGUCUUUGUUCUCUUCAGGGCUCGUUAGCAAUACUUCCAUCUUUGUUAUAUUUAGGAACGGGAAUUUUAAAAGAAGCACCUUCUGCUGCUCCUGCCGCCCUACAACUCCUGAGGGCUUUAGCGUCGGAUUCACGUGCCACUGAUGCAGAGUGGUGUCUUCUUCUACAAAGUGCUUUAGCGAAAGUAAUAGAUCUUGCCAAGAUGCCAGGGCCAGAUGAGGCAGCUCCUCUACUUGCCAUUGCUGUUUUUAUUCUACACGCACCAUCUAUGGUCGUCGCAGCACCUAAUCUACAAUAUCCUUGCUUAAAUCACUUCCGCCAGUGUUUACAAAGCCAGGAUGCGGCUACUAAACUGAAAUGCAUAAAGACUUUAAAGUCUUUGUUUAGUCAUCCACAAAAAGCUGUGGCAACGCCUUAUAUCCAUUCCUUAGCCCCUCAGUUAGUCGAGUUUUUGUACUCAGAAAAAUCGAAGAACAUGGCAUCCAAUGAAGACUUCUGUAUCACAGUAGAAACGAUUAAUGCAGUUGAAAGUUUAAUUGCUUUAGCCGAACCACAUAAUAGAAUUCAGAUGCUGUCAUUGCUGGUGCCUGUUCUGGUGAAUUAUUUAUUGCAAAACCCUCAUGAGAAAACUCUAAAUAAAUACUUAGUAUCUUUGCACGAUGUAAGUUUACAGAAACUGGUGAAAAUUGGCCCGACUUAUCCAAAGGAAUUUAAAAAACUGAUGACCAGCUCUUCAGACCUCAGAACGAAAUUAGAAACCGCCAUAAGGCGUAGCCAACAAAACCACAUUAAGAUUAAAAACGAAGUUAAUAUUAACAACCAACCCUUAUCUAUUCCUACGCCAAGUAUAAAAUUGAAAACAGACUUCAGUAACUUCUCUUAAGUUUUUAACUAAGUAGCUGCCUGUUUUAGAUAAUAAUCAUGUGUCAAAAGGAUAUUUUGGUUCAAAAUCCUAUUAGAGGUAACUUCUGAAUUAAAUGUUUACUAAUAUGGUAUUAAUUCAUGUUUAGGGAUAUAUACUUCUAGGACAGAAAGUGAUAUUGCUGCGACUUUUUUUAUAUAGACAAAUCAAUUUGACGAUAAUAAUGAAUUACAAGAUCAACAAUUUUGUAAAAAAAUAGUAAAAUAUGUAUGUAUGAGUGGCCUAAAAUGGGGUUAUAUAAUUUUGAAAAAUAAAUUUAUUUUCUUUUAAUUGCUAAGGCUCUAAUUAUGUAUAUAUUUUAAAUUAUUUGUUAUUGCUUUCUGUCUUAGAACCACUCUUUUCCUUUAUACAAUUUUUUUACAAUUUACUUUUUUAUACGAAUUUUUAACUUUAUACCAAACCUUAAAUUAAUAUAAGUUUUACUCCAAUAACAACUACUGUAUUUAAAUUAUUUACUAAAAUUUGAAAUGCUAAUUGACUUUUCUAUAGGUUGCUAAAUAUGUAUGCAUACUUUGACAAACACGAGUUAUUAAUUCCGACAUACAGGGUGUCUCAGAAAUAAGUGCAAGUAUUUUAAGACGUGGUAGCAUUAAAAUAGCGGUGGCAAACUUCUGAUGGCAAGCUGAUGUAACACUUAGCCACAGCCUAAACAAUACUUAGUGUUCUUUUUAAUUUUACCACCCUUUACCUAAGAACGCAACACUAAACUUAGUACGCUUCACCUCACUGUGGUUCUGACAACAGCAAACUUAAUUAAAUUUCACUUCAAUACAGUUUUAGACAACACUACACUCAAGUACAGUUAGUUACUUCUUGAAUACUUGUACAAGUUUUCGUUCUGUUGAAACACGUCGGUUACUACGUAACAUAAAAAAACAUUAAAAACAAGAACAAACCGUCUUUUAGUCUGUUUUUUUUUCCGGAAAUAUUUUUUUUCGCAAAAAACUGCAUGGGCGUUUUUCUGGGGUCUAACUAUACUACCAUCUAAGAUACUACCAGUUUAAAUACUUGUACUUAUUUCUGAGACACCCUGUAUAUACAGAAUUUAAAUUUGUUUUCUUAGUUUAUAAACAAUAACCAGUUAGCAAUAUGUGAAAUAUAUCAAAUAAAUAAUCAAUGUACGUAAUAGACUGAGCAACUAUUUAAAUUGUUGGAAGCAGAUUUUUUGUAAUCAUGAAUAUAAUUUAUGUGAUAUUACUGUAAACGAAUCUAAUUUUUUUAUAUAGAAAAAAACCUUUAUUUAUAUUCCAAAAAUGUAUUAAACAUAAUAUAUAACAAAGCUUCAA